GUUCUGCCCGCCCACUUGCGCGGCACGCACGCAUACGCCUCGGUUUCUGCCUCGCGCUGCCGUGGGGGUGUGGCGGCGGGCUGUGAUAAAGCUUGGGAGUUGCGUUGCUAAGCAACCCGAUCCGGACCGUGGCGAGAGGAGCAGAACUACAAGAUAUUACAAAAUAUGCUGUCAAUUGUCCCUAUCAAUGGAGCAUCAUUAUUCUGUUUUGAAGACAAGUAGUUCAUCAAUGACUUCAGUUCACAAUUCUAAAAACAAUUACAAGGGCAGUUCCUCCAAACAAGAUACUUUAGCUGUUACUGCAGUUGCUUUACAAGAUCAUAUUUUACAUAACCUUCAGCUCCAGGAUCUUUCAUUAGCAGAUCCUUUUAAGUCAAAGUUAAGGAAUAAAAAGAACACUUACAAACCUGUGAACAAAGAGAUGGUCAGAGCAGUAGUAGAUACUGGACUAAGAAAAAAGAGAAUUCUCCACACAAAAAAGGAAGAUCCAGAAAAAGAAUAUGUCCUUGAUCCUAAUCCUCCACAAUUAACGUUAGCUCAGAAAUUGGGCUUAGUUGAGCCUCCUUCCUUGCCACUAACAGCAGAAGAGUGGGAUAAAGUAAAGCAAAGAUCUAUAAAACAGGGAGAUUCUGUUCAACCUUGUGCAAUAUGUAGGGAAGAAUUUGCACUUCAACCACAGGUGCUGCUUUCAUGUUCCCAUGUAUUUCACAGAGCAUGCCUGAAAGCUUUUGAAAAGUUUGCAGGUAAAAAGACCUGUCCUUUGUGUAGAAAGAAGCAGUAUCAGACCAGAGUAAUACAUGAUGGGGCGCGUCUGUUUAAAAUAAAGUGUAUUACGAGAAUCCAAGCUUGCUGGAGAGGGUAUAUUGUUAGAAAAUGGUAUAAAAAUUUGAGAAAAACAGUACCUCCGCAAGAUAGCAAAUUAAGAAAAAAAUUCUUUGAAGCAAAGUUUCAGGAGAUCAGCAAUCGGUUAUUGAGUUCUUAUGACACAAACAUAGAUGAGUUUUUUUCUGAAAUUGAUUCUUCUAUAGCUGCAAGUCGAAAUGUGCUUCAACAGUUGGAGGAAAAGUUUGCCCCGUUAAUAAGCGAAACGGAAUGGGAGAAAAUACAGAUGCAGGCAUUUCGGCAAGAGAUAUUUGACUGCCCUAUUUGCAUUAUGCCACUCUGUCAUAUCAUUCAUCCUCCAAAUGUCUUUCCUGAGAACAGCAAUAAUCGGUAUUCUCGCCAGACUGUUCUGCUCUCUUGUUCACAUAUGUUUCAUCAGACUUGUCUUCAAGCAUUUGAAGAGUUUUCCUUGGGAGAAAGACUUGUUUGUCCUUUAUGUCGCUCUUGUUAUCAAAAGAAAAUUCUUGAAUGUUGAUAUAAACAUGUAAACAGUCCAGAAUGAGCUGCAUAAUAGAAUUUUUAAUUGGUUUAAUGAUAGACAACCUCACAGAUUAGAUCCUUGUAAGGUCCAAUGUGAGAAAAAACCUUCUCUGUGGAUGCUGAUGCUCAUAUUAUAGAAAUAAAAGUUAAAUGGGCAUUGUGUUACCAUUUCUCUGACUUGUUGCUUCUCCUUGCUCUCCACAUUCUUACCUUUCUUCUACUCUCUUUGCUUUGCCUUAUGUUCUGUUUUCCUUCCCUGGUCGUCUCCUUUCUUUAACUUCCUCCCUCUCAGAGACAUACUACCCUCUCCAUCUCCUUCACAUCCCAGGAUCCUUUCCCUGAGAACUCUUCCCUUUGACUCCUUUCUUCAUUCAGUGGAUUCCAUCUACAUACUCCCCAGUGGAGUUACUCAUGUUGAACACCAGGAAAAGGCAGAUUCCCUUGAUAGCAGCUCCCAGGCAGUUGCAAAUGCCACUGAUGAGUGUGGAAGGAGAUGCAUUACCUCAGCUCCUUUUAGUAGCUGAAUGCAGCUGGGUUGGCUCCUCUCCUUUAAUGGCUGGAAGCCACCUUACAAGCUCUACUAUAGGCAAAUGGAAAGUAAUGCAAAUUAGCCCUAAAGCAAAUGUGGCUGAGUGGUCCCCAUAGAGGAACAAAAUGGUUCAGGAACUUGUCAUGACAGCGGGACCAACUAAUAUUGUCUAGGUUUAGAAGAGACCAAAAUGCAUUUAAAACCUUUCAGUUGUGGACUGUUAUUCUUGAACUUUGAGUUAAGGCCUAAAAUCCCUUGAUCAAUGUCAUGCACCCAGGAGAGCCUGAAAGCUAAACUUUUGUUAAAAUGUUUCAGAUGCUUUAGGAAACUGACUCACAAUGCCGAAAAUGCUUGUAGACUGCCCAUAUUUAAAUUAGAAUUGUUUCAUGUCAAAGAUUACCGAAAACUACUAUUGAUAGCCUGUGUAUUUUUCCAUUAACUAAAAACUAAAAUUAGGAUACAGGCAUGUAAAAGGUACGGGUUUGCUUUUUGAUGGUUUUGCUAUAUGUUUGUCCUUUGCUUUAUUUGUGCUCCAUGUUUUGGUCCAAAGGGUGUAACGCCUACUGAACCUAUCAGGAUCUCUGCUACUCCCCUAUGAUACCCUGAACUCAAGCUCUUUACACACAUUAAGCCACCCUCCUACAAUGAGGUGGCCUACAUAUAUUAUAGAGGAGUAAAUUGUGAGGCAUGGAGAAACAUCUUACAAAGACUCAAAAGUCCAUUGUUUAUUUUUAAUACAAAUGUUGACAAAAAAAGCACAUUGUAAAUCAAUCACAGUUUGACUUUAUUGAAAACAGAGUUUAAAAAAAUCUUGCUAAAAACACACAAAUUGUGACAUUUCAAAUAAAGCAAAAAGAUACCAAAUCUUCUCCUUUUCACUACUGCAUUGUGAAAUUCAAACCAUCUAAAAAGGCAGUUUUCAUAUAGUUUUGUAACACUGCAAGGUAACCACAAUUGAAAAUUUUAUAAAGCACACGUUUUCAGAUGACCUAAAUUAAAUUUACCUCAAGGAUUGGGUGGGGAGGAUGCGUCUGCUACAGAUUGGUAACAAUUACUUUAGUGCUAAAAACAUUUUUCAGCCAUAUUUUGCUUUCAAGAUACGAGAAUGCCCACAUACAAAAGGUUUUAGUUAACUAAAUUUCUGCAAAGACAGACCUAAAUUGGUAAUAUUGGAAUGAAAGAGCUGAACCUGCAUGAGGAAAAAUGCCCACUAAUUAGCUGAACCUGUACUAGCUGAAUCUGCCACUGCACUACCAUCAGUGCGUAUAUAUGGUCUCUAAUGCAGAAAAGGUGGUAUUUAUAUGACCAUGUCAUCUAACCCUCCUCAGAACAUGUCUAGACAACAAAGUUAUAAGAAUGCUGGUGGCAGUCUGAGCCUUGGGUAUCCUCCCACUCAUGGUAGUGCAACUGGGUUUUUGCUUUUAAAAAAAGCUUAGCAUAGACAAGCCCAUUGAGGUCAGCGCGUGUUUUGCCUGAGUUGGGAAUGCAGGAUUAGGCUCCAAAUCAUUAUUGCAUAUAGAUAGAGGAACCUAAACACACUGUAUUUUUAGUUUGUGUAUAUGUAUUGCUGUAUUGGUCACAGGCUACAAUUUUAAAUCCACAAUCCUAACAUAUCUUCAUUUUCUAAAUUUCUAUACCAAUUGGAACCAAAUAAGACAAAAUAUUUUAAGGUUACCUUUAAAAACUGGGAAAUGGUUGAAUUUUUUGUUCACAACUUUUUAAUUGUACUUGAAACCGGAAGAUUUUGUGUAACUUUUCUAAACUGGGGAAAUGCAUUAGUGUUAGAAAACAUGUUUCAAUUAGCAUACUGUUAAACAGAAUUUUGCCCGUAAGUUUUUUAGCAUGGCCAUCUUAUCCACACUAAAAGCAAUGUCAUGUUUAACCUCAUGCUGUCUGAAAUGUGUUAGUUUGCAUGUUUUCUAAAUUUUCUCCAAUAUAGACAAAGGCCAAACUACACACACACACACAGCAUCACUCACUUUUUGGCUUCUAAUGGGUAAUUAAAGGAACACAACAACAAAGUACAGAAUAAAACCCUUCAUUUCUUGGUGCCAUAGUACGUUUGGCUUGGUAAUCACAACUCUAAAGAGCUGCUAUAUAUCGAUGCACCAACAGAUUAAUUUUUUAUCUCCAGUGAGGUGAGGCAUAUUCAUUAAAAAAGGGCAUAUUACGUGACCAGUCUUUAUUUUAAUGGAAUUCUGUGGUGACAACUGAAUGACCAGACAGUACUGGUAUUUCCAUAGUAUAAAUACUUAUGCUAAGAAACCUCAUAGGGACUACUGGGGGAGCAGAUGGGUAUUAAAUAAAAUCAAAGCUGAUGUCCGGAGCUUUCAUUCCUUGAAGCAAAUGGAAGCGAUGAGAGCACGGGGUAUGCAGGCUAGAGUCCUAAUCAUGAAGGAAACCUUAUAAUUACCUUUAAAAAGUUAUUGUGUACAAAUUAUAUUUAAUGAAAGAAAUAGAAGAGCAGCAUGUUGAGAUGAUUGGUAGAAAUAUCUAGAAAUACAGCAUAAUUAUGUGUUAUUUAAAGACAUUUUAUAUAGAUACAGAUUUUACAAACUUCUCUGUAGACAUCUGAAUCGUUUUCAAAAAUUGAGGUCUCAUAACAAAGUUUCAAUUUUGAUCAGAUACAACUUUUAGAUUGCUCUGGUCCAAAUAUGUUGGGCUGAGAUCAUCAGCAUUUACUGAUAAUACAUUUCUUAAAGGAUUUUUCUUUUAUUACCCUUCAGCCAUUUUGCCCAGCUGGAAUCAACCUGUAGUAUAGUUGAAACAAUCAAAGACAUUUUUGGUCUCAAAUUUAAAGAGAACAAAUAUAAAUCUGAAUUAUUAAUCAAAGUGGCUAAUAAAGUGGCUAUUAGGAAAAGUCCAUAAAUGAACAAUGAAUUAGGCAAGCAAAGGCUGUACAGAAUUUAAGAUCCUAUUUCACCUUUCCUAUUUUUAAUUAAAAAAACAACUUUGUUACUAAAACAUGCAGCUCUUCUUACAAUUCAUAGAUUACUGUAAUUGAAACCAAAGCCACUGUUCUCCUGUAAAAUGCCUUGCAACCAUAUGUAGAUGGUUAUUUUGUGACAUUUUCUGCAAUUCCAUUUAACUUAAACACCUGUUUAUUAUAAGUUAAGGGCCAUAGGUUGACAUGUCCUAUUUAAUCAAAAAUAAAAGCUGAAGACUUAUCUGUAAAAGAAAGGACAGCAAGAGAGUCUUUAGUAGGAUUGGAAAGUGUUCUAGAAAACAAUGGAUUUCACGUUUAGACUGCCUGCUAAUUAGCACAGGUGUAAUUUGAUUUCUAUAUUUGGAGGAGCAGCUCCAGUCAGGCCAAUGGGGCCUCGUGUGUAUAUGGGGGGAAUUCCACACCUGCCUGGGACUUGCAGUUUGGGGGAGGGGGGCAAUGCUCCCCAUUCCCCCCUCCAAACUAUGCCCUUGCUAAUUAGUACCAUUAUACAGCAUACAUCCGAGUUCUGUUUAGAGUCACUCGUUCUCUUAUUUCCCAUCUUGUCUAUCCAGGCAAAGGUGAAAAAUCUUAUGUUUGAAAUACCUAUUGAUGACAGUUUGAAGCCACUGAAUGACAGGAAAUACUUAAGUACAUGAAAAGGAAAAGGGAGUCAAAAUGUUAAGUUUUAAGAAUGCAGGGCCCAAUCCAGAAGAAAGUAUCAUCUGAUUCAUAAGUUCCAUGUACCUAAUGGAAAUGUGGGCUUCUGUUACAUGAAAACUCUGUUUUGGAGGUCAACCAGGAAGAGGUAAAAAGACCAUUCACAUUGUCAUCACUGGUAAUGCAGAAGGUACCAAAACCCUGCAAAAGUGUUUACAACUAUUUUGUAGCUUGGUGCCCUACAAAAAGGUCAGGCUCAGUACCAGUCCACCUCCCCACAGGAUAGUAUUGCCACAGGAUACUCUUUCCUACAAGUAUAUCAGGGACCUCAAAUUUUAAUCAUAAUGUGGAACAUGUAAGAGAUCGUCUCAUGGACAAUGUGCCCUCUUGUUUACUACUACACAGACCACAUCUCUCCCAUUCAUAAUCAUACGACAUCCCAGAGGCAAAUGCUGCAGUUGCUCACAUGGAAGAGUAUAGUAGGAAAAUAUUUAAAAUAUUUGUAGUCUUUUAAUGAAGGGCAGCAGCUGGAAGUGACUAGCCAGCACCAUGGGACAAGCCAGCUCCUCAUGGACCACAGUUCAAAACCUCUAGAUAGCCGUUAGUAACUGCAGGGUGUACAGUCCUCAGCUUCAGUCAAGCCAAAGUCAAAGUCUGGAGUUGUGUGGCAGGGGAGAAGGACAAGCCAAAGACUGACACAAAGGUAGUUCCACAACUUCCUAUAUGCUGGAGUUGGAGAUUUGUUUAAGAAAAAAAAAGGGGGGGGGCAGACGUGGAUGUGGUGAGGGUUUCUCAUAAUUUGCUGAAAGCCGAUAUAUUCCAGGGCUCUGGAGCCAGCAUCAGAACACCGUGGACGUCAGCUGUUUACUCUGUGCGUCCUUGCUGAAUGUGAUGCACUUAAAGCAGAGCUUGAAGUAACUCGGUUAAUAUUCAUCUACAAAGAGAACAUCAGCUCCUGAAAAAAGCACUUUUCUGCCAGUGGCACAUUUAAUCAGUAUAUUUGCACACUUAUUCAAUACCAGAGAUAGUCUGAUUUAUAUGCUACUCUAAGGCUAAUGCCACAUUUAUUUUAGUAUCUGUAAAUACUGGCUUUUUUGACAAGAAUAUCCCUCACAACAUUAUCAAUGACUACAAGACCUUAUUUUGACAUUUGAAAAAGCCAGGGAUCACAGUGUUAAAAGUAUCUAAUUCGUUUUUCCAAACAAGAUGAAGUAUAUUUGUUUAUUUAUUUAUUUAAAUUAACCGUAUUGGUCCUAAUUAUGCACGUAAAAUCACUUGAUAUGAAUGACACGACUUACUGUAGGUUUUAAAAACAGCACGCUCUAGUUUCAUCUGAGCAUGUGUAAGAUACAAGAAAAGAUUCAGUGAUACUCUUUGUGCUUAAUACUUUGCAAUAAGAUGGCUAUUUAGAACACAAUAGCAACAAGACUGAAUUGCCUAGAACAGAUACAUCCAUUGCUUUCUGCAAAACUCUUGACAAUUUGGGCUAAAGGGUAUCAUGUUAUAGUUAUGAAAUUCAAGGAAAAAAUAGGACAGACUGAGAGCAAGUGGCCUUAAAUCCUUAUGUUUCUUUUGGAACAGGAAGGGCUAGGGUUACAUUUUAUGACUAAAUGGUUUAUUCUAGGUCCCCCACAAUACCAUAGGGAAGACAUCAACCUAAUGUAUGUGAACAUUGGCAGAGACUCAUCUAGACAAUCACAUAUUUGAUACAAAAAUUCAUCUUGAAAACUUGACCUUCUCUCCAUUUCUCAUGUGUGCUGUGAUGUAUAUUCAGUAAAUAAGGACUGCCUUACCCGGGUCUAAUUUAGACUGUAGAUUCUUCAGGGCAGGGACCACCUCUUCUCUGGUUUGUACAGUAUGAAGCACACAGGAGACACUCUAAGCUGUAUAUGAUUACAAGAGGCUUCGGGAGCAUGGAGGAUUAAUAUUCCCACAGCUCCUGUGGUUGGUGAUAUUUUUAAAGCUUUAAUAUGGUACUUCUGAACCAAAACACAAAAUAAUUUCUUGUUAAAUUCUUUAAUUUCUAUUACACUAAAACAGUCAACUGUGUAAAAGAUAUUGGAGAAACAGGGCCAACAACAAACACCAUUACAAUCUGUAAACAAAGUUUCCUAUGAAUCCAAAAAUCGUUACUUCUAAAGUAACAUCAUACCAGUUUAAUUUUUACCUUAAAAGGUAAAUACUGAAGAUGUGCUUACACUUAAAAAUCCCACCAUAUUACAACAAUUUUGCCAUUGUGCAUUGAAUAUUGUGCUACCAACACAGGAGAAAGCCAAGAGGUGGCUAACUUAAGAGACUUAAUUCACAGACCAAAAGUGUAUCUUGUUUAUCAGAUAGGAGCAUCUCUGUGCUUUAGCCUCAUAAAAAAUGAGGCAGAUGUUGAUGUCACCAAGAGGUUACAGACCACCUGACUACAUGAGACAAAACACUGGAAGUGCACUGUCAAUAUCCAUUAAUGACUUCUCCAUUGCUUCUGUGUAAAUGAAUUUACGCUUCUGUGAAUACACGACCAAGGUGUUGCAUAUAGAAUGUCAGUUUCAGGACAUUUAAUGUAGACAGUGUCAUAAUACAAAAAGUAGACAUUAAGACACUGUCAGCAGCUACAGAAAGGUUGGAUUUUCUCUGAAGAUUAAUCCACUGUUAAGAACCACACUUAACCUAAACUUUUGCCUUCUUUCCAGUAAACAAUGUCUUUAUCUAAGUACUCUUUUUAACUAAUACAUAUCUGUGACUCUAAGAUUCAAAGCACAACCCAAUAAAAGGAGUGCAAUCAGUAUACUGCAGUGUUUGUUUUGGGAGGGAAAAAUACUAAGACAAGGGGGAAAACACUGCAAGUCUUUCUUUUUUUGCCUACCUACUAUAACUUGUAUUCUUACUAUUUGUGAACCUAUCUAAUGGAGUUUGCCUCCAGACAACUCACUCGCUAAACACAAUCCAUUUUGAGGAAUCGUAUAUAAGCAUGAGGAAUUGUCUGACUUUUUUUUUUUCUUGGAUUAUUGACAGAACACAUACCCCCUCAAAAACAAAACCAACAGUUUCUGAUGUGGACUCACUACUGAGAGAAAGGUGAAGAUCAAAAUUAAGGCAGAUAUCAUCCAGAACUUGAGUAGAAAUUUUUGCUUUUUGAUCUUUAUGCAGACAAUCUCAUCAGGGGAUCUGAUCAAAAAAUCUUACUGAGGCAACUACCUUGAAGUCACAAUGUAACAGAAAGCUGGAAUAUGUUUUAUAAAAUUAACUAACCCUAUCAUAUGUCACAGUUUACCACACUCCUAGUGGGGAUAUGGUACAAUUAUAGUCAUAUUAUCAUUUCCAAAGAUAAAUAGUGAAUAAUUAUAUUAGCAACCUUUACACUUCUAGUGCAUAAGCCCAUACACUCUCAACAGAUACAAGGAAUCAAUGCCUUUACUUAUAAAUCUUCUAAUGUUUAUAAUGUGAAUCCAUAUUCUUUUUUUUUUUUUUUUUUUUUUUUU